AUGCCUACCUACAUUGUCACUUGUAAGCCAGACGCCUCCCCUGAGCAGGUUGCCGCCGCAAAGAAGCACGCCGAGGAGCAGGGCGGCAAGAUUGGCCAUGAGUACAAUCUGAUCAAGGGUUUCUCUGUUGAGUUCCCCAAGGACUCCGUGCAGACUCUUGAGUCCCAUGAACACGUUAAGGCCGUUGAGCUGGACCAAGAGGUCAAGACUCAAUAA